UGGCUGAAUUUUGAAUGGAAAUAUCUCCCUGUCUACCUAUAGCACAACAUAAAACCACAACCACCAUCAGCUAAAAAGCGUUAUUGUUCAAGUCGUCUGCUAACAUCGCUGGAUUACAGGUGAAAGCAAAGGGUUGAGCCGCUUUUCUUGCCCUCCUUCGACUCGUCUUCUAGACAGGAACAUUAUUUAAAAUCACGAUCUAUAACUUUGAUCAGUCUUUACUUUAACAUUGGUAAAGUUCAUGCAUAUCUUAUCAUUAUUAGCCCAAGCGAAGGUGCUACCAUACAUACAUAUUAUACACGCAUUGAAAGUCUGGCCAAGUAAACUUUCGUAAGUUGAACACUCCGUGUACGGAUGUAUCUUGAUGUAACAAGUAGUACCGUGAAUUUGUGAUUUAGCCUGUUGCAAGGUGUUUGGGAAUUUGAAGCGUAAAUUAAAAGUGUGAAUUGAGCGUUCUUUAGCAUGAUCUGAGCAUAUUCUGAUUCAGAUAUGCAAUAAUCUGAGCAGAGUUUUCCGUCCAUCCGUCUCAGGUAACUGAGCCCAUCCAAUACUUCUGAGAUCAACCAUCUCGUUAGAGUUCAUUAUAAUAUAAAUAAAAGGGACCCAGUCAACAUUUGACUACUGGGUGUGGUUAUUUGCAAGUAUCAAUUAUUGCACCCGGUGAGAUUUUUAGCUCGAAACGCACUGCCAUCAGAAAUAUCUCACAACAUGGUCGACCCAAAAAGUAAAAAGUACUCUUCGCCUAGCAAAUCAGCCAACAAUGGUUUCAAAGAGUUUCUUUACAACACGAAGGAUGGGACCGUGAUGGGAAGAACUGGAAGCUCUUGGGGCAAGAUCAUUCUGUUCUACAUUAUCUUCUACGCCGGACUAGCUUCAUUCUUCUGUCUCAAUUUUUACAUUUUUUACCUCACUCUCAACAUGGACGAGCCCAAAUUUCAACUGGACGAAAGCUUGAUUGGAACUAAUCCUGGACUUGGAUUUCGACCCAUGCCCGACCCCGACAGAAGCCCCGACUCGACUCUCAUAUGGUUCAGGCGAAAUGUUCCCAGCGACUACCUCUUCUGGUCGAAGCAACUAGAAGUAUUUGUCGACGAGACGGAUACUGGGAAGAAGGAUGCCGGAAGUGUAAACCUCCAAGCAUGUACCUUGGACAAUGACAAAAGGGCGACCUCCAUCACGGCUUGUCAAGUCAAGGUCGACAAUUUGGAGUAUUGCAACAAAAACAACGCAUUCGGAUUCAGUCGUGGAGAACCGUGCAUUCUCAUCAAACUCAACAAGAUAUACGGAUGGGUGCCAGAACCUUAUGGAUUCGACGAGAGGGAUCGUUUCAGCGAGGCUCAACUCAGGGAUGAUUUGGACAAAGAGAUACGAGAAAAACACAUGCCCGUCGACCUCAAAUACCACAUUUUGAACGAAACACGAGGUCUUGAUCCCAACACAAAAAAUUUUGACUCCCAUCGACGCAUGUUGCUUUCAACUGUGUGGAUCAAUUGUGACGGUGAAAAUGUGGCUGAUACUGAAAAUAUUGGACAAAUCAAUUACUACCCGUUCCGCGGAAUAGCUGGCUAUUACUUUCCAUUUUUGAAGCAGCAAGGUUAUCAAUCGCCAUUCAUCUUGGUCGAGUUGAAGAACCCAAUGCCAGGAGUGGUUAUCAAUGUCGAAUGUAAAGCCUUCGCAAGAAAUGUAAAACCCGACAGGUUGGCACGUUUGGCAACAACACAUUUCGAAAUAUUAAUUGACUAAAAUAUUGACAAUCAAGUUCCGACUUAGAGAAAGCCAAUCAGUGUUUAACGUACUACUAACUGGAAUUUUACCCAUUCCAUUUAUUUUUUUCAGUAGCACUCAACCAAGACGAGUGAUCAAUUUAUUAUGACUACCUACACCAUUGUUUUCAAAUGCUAAUCAAAAAUAUUUUACAAGUUUUAGUAUUUAUUUCUAAUGUUUUAAUGUUUCCCUUCAUCACUUGUGCUCUUCAGCCCACGCCAAAUUUUCCAUGAGAUUAAAGCUUAUCUAUAUAGAGUAGAGGGUGACCAAUAUGCCAAAGCUUUUCAAAUGCAGAUGUACAUAUGUCAGGUGAAAACCAAAAUCUCAGCCACCAGUAAAAGUAGCAUUAUUUUGUGGUAAAUGUAAUUGUCUAUAAGGAUCCGAAAACCAGUGGUCUAUACUUCAAAUGUGUUUCAUUAGUUUUGUUCUAGAUUAGUGUUUCAGAAUCUCAUUUUAUUUGUCUGCAACAUUUCCGUCCAUGCUUGACUGGUUGUGCGACACAACCUGUGUCAAAUACAUACUUAUAAAAUCUUUACAGAAUUGUUAUGAUAGUAUAUGUUGAUCAAAUCUCAAACUUUUUCAUGAUUAAUUCUAACAAAAUCUGCCAUGUUUAGGGCAAAAAUGUAUUUAUUGCGGUGAAAAUAGUUUUAGUAAUUUUAAAUAUACACGUAUUUAGUGGGUGUUCGGCAAUUAAGAAAUCUCCACAAUUUUGAAAUGUCAAUUCUAAAAAGUUUUUUUUAAGAAUCUCUGUCUAUUAUGGUUUAUCUCAGAAACACAUACAAACUAUAUUAUCUUUAUCAAUGUCAGUAAUAGUACAAUUUCUAACCUCCUAUGUGACCUUAGUAUAUAUUCCUGUUUUAAAUCAGUAUAGAAUUUAACUAAUUUUUAAUUUAACUUAAAAUGCAGAUAAAGUAUUGCGUUUGUGUAAAUAACUUGUACAUUCCCUUGAUUAAUUGGUUUUGCUCUAUUUUGUGCUGAUUUAGUGAUUGAAUAAAGCAAGUCAUAAAAGUAUAA